AUGGCGGGUCUAUAUCCAUCUAUCAAACCCAGUCCAUCUUCAUCAUCAUUAUCACAAUCUUCUCAGGUUUUCGCUUCCAGGAUUUUACUCUUACUCACACUCCUUCCCCUCUCUCUAGCAGCAUUCGCGUUCGUCCUCCAAUGGCGUGGUGAAAUCAGUGAUCCGAUAACCCGGUGGUCGUCGAUAAAUGGCCUUGAAUUUCCGGGUAUGGAUAUAACCACCACCUCCAAAGUCACCACCCCCACUUCCUCCAAUUGUGCGGAUAUAUUGGGCCAAAGCCGGUCCAUUUCUUUUCCUUACUUUAGGGAUUGGAAAUUCAAUCUCGAAUCCGAUCUAAAUCCAAAGAUAUGCAUCACUUCAAGCACUUCAGCUGGCCUAGAGCAGAUAUUACCAUGGAUUUUCUAUCAUAAAGUUAUUGGUGUUACAAACUUCUUCUUGUUUGUGGAAGGAAAAGCUGCAACCCCAGGUGUAUCUAAAGUUCUAGAGUCCAUUCCUAAGGUGAAACUGAUACACAGAACAAAAGAACUCGAGGAACAACAAGCCAAGAGCCGAAUCUGGAAUGAGACUUGGUUGUCAAGCUUCUUCUACAAACCAUGCAACUAUGAGUUAUUCGUCAAGCAAUCUCUUAAUAUGGAAAUGGCUAUUGUCAUGGCAAGAGAAGCUCAUAUGGAAUGGAUUAUUCAUCUGGACACAGACGAGUUGAUUCAUCCAGCGGGCACUCGUGAAUACUCUCUCAGACAGCUUUUAUCAGACUUGCCCGAAAAUGUCGAUAUGGUUGUAUUUCCAAACUAUGAGAGCUGUGUUGAACGAGACAACAUACAGGAACCUUUCAGUGAGGUUUCGAUGUUCAAAAAAAACUAUGACCACCUUAUGAAGGAAACAUACUUUGGCAAUUACAAAGAUGCAACUCGUGGUAAUCCAAACUACUUUUUGACAUAUGGAAAUGGGAAGGCGGGAGCUCGUAUCCAACCGCAUUUGCGUCCUAACGGUGCACAUAGAUGGCACAACUAUAUGAAGAAUCCAAAUGAGUACAAAUUGGAGGAGGCUGCUGUUCUACAUUAUACCUACACCAAGUUUUCAGAUUUGACAUCGAGGCGUGAUCGAUGUGGCUGCAAGCCUACAAAAGAAGAGGUUAAAAGAUGCUUCAUGUUGGAAUUCGACAGAGAUGCUUUUAUAAUUGCAUCAACUGCAACGGAGGAGGAGAUGCUAAAUUGGUACCGCGAACAUGUUGUGUGGAUGGAUAAAGAUCUAAACAAGAAACUCAUGAAAAAGGGAAUUUUAACCCGCAUUCAUGCUCCUAUGGUGAUUAUGCAAGGAUUAAGGGAAGCUGGCGUUUACAGUUCUUUAAUCGAGUCCGUCCAAACAAGUUCAUGGAGGGACCCAUUUUCGUCAUCCGACGAGAUUAUUAGUAAUUCAUCAAAAGCUAUCGACGCAGCAGGCGGUGUUUCUUCUAGAAAAAUUGGCAAUAAAGAACCUCGAAUAGGUAUUAGGAGUGUUCUACAAGCGGCUGAUAUAGAUUUAUCGGCAAUGCCACCACUCUCGCCUCCGGUCAUGGAUGAUAUCCAUCGUUAUACAUGA